AUGAUGAGACUGUGCGCGCUCUUGCUCGUCUUUCUCUGCGACGCCAAACCGGUGUCCGAGCGGGAGAAGCUGCGGCGCGAGAAGCGCGCCCAGGAACUGCGAGGCGCCCAAGCGCUGGAUCAGCAGCGACUCGAGGCGCCGCUCGCCGCCGGCGCCGCGGCCGCGCCGCUCGCCGCCGCUCGAGCCUCGCACGCAAACGCGAGCCUUUCGCCGCUCGCCGCCGCGCCGCUCGCCGCCGCGCCGCUCACGAACGCGACGUCGACGCUGCCCGCGCUCGACGCCGCGCGGCGGGCGGCCGUCCGGGCCGCGUGGUGCGCGUCGCUCGCGACGUGGUGCAAGACGCACUCCUACGGCGAGCUCGGCGGCCACUACGCGGCGCCGGCGCUCGUGCGCUACUGCGAGAAGCAUCCCAAGGGCGUCGACCCGGCGCUCGGCUGCGCGGCGCCGGCCGCCGCCGCGGACCGCGCCGCGGGCCGGCGGACGCGCGCGCCGCCGGCGGCGCGGCCCGACGCCUACGCCAAGGGCCUGCUCCGCUUCGUGCACGUGCCCAAGACCGGCGGGACGUCCGUGGAGAAGGCCUUCAAGCCGCGGUUCCCGAAGAACCACGCGCUCGCCUACGACCGGUCGGACCUCGCCGGCGCGUCCGUCGUGGCCGUGAUCCGCGACCCCUACGACCGCGCGCUCUCCUGGUUCCGCUUCUGCAUCGCGGGCUUCUACGGCAAGCUGCCCCACCCGACCGCGCACUGCGCGAAGGCGCGCCGGUUCCACGCGGACGCGAAGAAGAGGAAGAUCCGGCCGCCGGCGAGCCCGACGGCGCGCGCGGCCAUGGCCUUCGAGCGCUGGCUCGCGCUGGUCCACGGCGACGCCGCCUACGCGAACCUCUGGGUCACGACGCCCCUCGCGGUCUACCUCACGCACCCCGCGACGGGCGAGUUCCUCGUCGACGCGCUCGUCCGCUUCGAGCGCCUCGCGGCGGACGUCGCGGCCUGGUGCGCGCCCCGGGGCUGCGCCGCGGCGGCGGCGAAGCUGGCGUCGGUCCAGGAGAACCCGUCGAGGAUCGGCGACGACCCGCUCGACCUGCCCUACGGUGCGCUCUACACGCCGCGCGCGCGGGCCAUCGUCGACGCGGCCUGGGGCGUCGACGCGGACCUCUUCGGCUACCCGUUCCGGAACGCGUCAUAG